AUGGCGGACAGGGACAUCAUUUUAAGUGCCAGGUUGGUGUCCAGCUGCGUGACCCGCCUCGGGCGCUUCGACACUGGACUUCAGCACCCGUACCAUCAUGUGGCCCUCUCUGGUCGCAAGCUUCGGGAUAUCUCUGUGUUGUGUAAUUUUGUUCACCUGCAAAAGCUGGAGCUGUCAAACAAUAGAAUUACAGAUCUAUCCUGCGUGAGCCAUAUGCCCUUCCUCGUCAUCUUGGAUGUCUCUCACAACGAGAUCUCGGAUUUCUUUGGCUUCGAGCCCCCGAAGAAUCUGAAGGAGGUCAACUUCUCGCACAACAGUUUGACACAAAUGAAGGACAUGUCGGCCUACGAGGCUCUCGUCAAGCUCGAUCUGGACCACAACCGCCUGAAGCGCAUCCACGGUCUGGAGAAGUGCUGCAAGCUGACUCAUCUCAGCGUGGCGCACAACAACAUCGCCAGCAUCCUCAGUCUGGACGACGUGCCGCUCGCAGACCUCAACCUGAGGGGGAACCAGCUGAAAGGCACAAAAGGUCUGGAGAACCUGUCGAGGCUACAGACACUUGAUCUGUCGCUGAACCACAUCAGCAGUCUCGCUGGUCUCAGCAACCUCCACCUGCUCGGCUCCAUCGACAUGGAAAGAAAUCAGAUUUCUGAGAUUGAGGAGUGUAAAUACAUUCACAGUCUUCUCCUGCUGAGGGAUUUGAAUCUUUUAGGGAACCCUGUGCAGGAGCAGCCAGACUACAGGCUGUCGGUGCUCUUCCUCCUGCAGCAUCUGACGAUGUUGGACCAAGAGAGAGUCACUGUUGAAGAGAAGGUGUUUUCAAUCAACAAGUACGACCCUCCCAUGGAAGUGGUGGCGGCCAGAGAUCACAUGACCCAUCUGAUGUAUCAGCUGAUGCAGCCUCAGCUUCUCUAUGACACCACUCUACCCAGCGACGACGCUCCGUAUCCGAUGGUGGUUCUGACUGGUCCGCAAGGCUGCGGGAAAAGGGAGAUGGCCCACCGCCUGUGUGAGGACUUUGACGAAUACUUUGCAUAUGGGAUCAGCCAUACUACCAGGGAGCCCUACUUUGGCGAGGAGAACGGCAGCGACUACCAUUUUGUCAGCGAAGAAGAGUUUCAACUGCUUGUACACAGGGGGGCUUUCCUCCAGACUGUCCAGCACGGCGGCCACAAGUAUGGCCUGAGCCGGGACGCCAUUGAAGAUGUCGCCCGGGAAGGACUGGCGUGCUGCGUGCAGAUGGAGCUUGAGGGUGUGCUGAGUCUGAAGAAGAGCAUCUUUGAACCCCGCUAUAUCCUGCUCCUCCCCACCAUAGUGGACAACUACAAGGCCACCCUGAGGAGUCGAAACCUCUACACCGACGCCCAGAUCGAGGCGGCGGUAUCGCGCAUCGAGCUGUACGCUGACUUCAACCGGGAGCAGCCCAGCUUCUUCGACAACGUCAUCCGCUGUGAUUACUGGGACAAAGCCUACCAGAUGCUGGAGCGGAUUGUCAAGAACUACCUGUUGCUCGAGGACCAGGAAGAAGGAGAGGGUAAAACGACAGAGAAACCCCCCACGGAGCAGCUCAGGUCAGACUCCUCCACAUUGUCCCACUCAGCCACAGCCCUCGACCCCUCAGAGCUCCUCUACAGGAACUAUUUCGCCAAGACCCAGCAACCCCACAAGACUCCUGUUGAGCUGGCUUCCAUCCGCAGGCGGGAGCGGCCGGUGAGAGAGGCGGUCACGGGGAAGAGUCCGGGGGUCUACAGUUGGCUCAUCAGAAGCUCAGAUGAAUCUCUAGGGCACUCUGUGGAUACGAUCAAAGAUGACAAGCAGCCUUGUGACAGACGCCCCGGAUCCAGCGUCAAGCCCAUCCUGCCGCCGAUCCCGCCGGACAGCAAGACCCCGCAAGCCAACAGCCCGCUGCCGUCGCCCAGCCGCCGCCACGUCCAGGCCAGCACGUAG